AUGCCAGGCGGGCGCAGGGGCCUGGUAGCCCCGCAAAACACCUUCCUCGAGAACAUCAUUCGGAGGAGCAGCAGCCAGCCCGAUAGCAGCUUCCUGCUGGCGAACGCUCAAAUCGUGGACUUCCCGAUCGUCUACUGUAACGAGAGCUUCUGCAAGAUUUCUGGAUACAACAGGGCCGAGGUGAUGCAAAAGUCAUGUCGCUGCGGAUUCAUGUACGGCGAGCUCACCGACGAGAAGACCAUUUCCCGGAUCGAGGAGUGCCUCGAGGGACAGAUCCACGACCAGUUCGAGAUCCUGCUGUACAAGAAGAACAAGACUCCACUAUGGCUGCUGCUACAGAUAGCUCCGAUAAAAAACGAACGGGAGCUGGUGGUCCUGUUCCUGCUGACCUUCCGGGACAUUACGGCCCUGAAGCAGCCGAUAGAGACGGACGACAGCAAGGGCGGCCUCUCCAAGUUUGCGAAAUUGGCCAGGUCGGUCACCAGGUCGAGAUCGGUCCUCGUCUCCCAAUUCAGCUCGCACUUGCCGGCCCUGAAGGACUCCACCAUGCCGACUGCUGCGAAGCAGUCUCAGCUCGCUCAUAUGAUGUCUUUGAGCGGAGACGUGAUGCCGCAAUACCGCCAGGAGGCCCCGAAGACCCCGCCGCACAUACUGCUGCACUACUGCGCCUUCAAGGCGAUCUGGGACUGGAUAAUCCUGUGCCUGACCUUCUACACGGCCAUAAUGGUGCCCUUCAACGUGGCUUUCAAGAACAAGACCAGCGAGGACGUGUCCCUCCUGGUCGUUGACAGCAUCGUCGAUGUCAUCUUCUUCAUCGACAUCGUCCUCAAUUUCCACACGACUUUCGUCGGUGCAGGUGGAGAAGUGGUAUCGGAUCCAAAGGUGAUCAGGAUGAACUACCUAAAGUCCUGGUUUAUCAUCGAUCUCCUGAGCUGCCUACCUUACGACGUGUUCAACGCCUUCGACCACGACGAGGACGGGAUUGGCAGUUUGUUUUCAGCGCUGAAGGUCGUCCGGCUCCUUCGCCUUGGCAGGGUUGUUCGUAAAUUGGAUCGAUACCUGGAGUACGGAGCUGCCAUGCUUAUCCUUUUACUAUGCUUCUACAUGCUGGUUGCUCAUUGGCUGGCCUGUAUCUGGUAUUCGAUAGGGAGAUCCGACGCCGACGCCGGCGUUCAGUAUUCCUGGUUGUGGAAGCUGGCCAACGUGACACAGUCGCCGUACAGCUACUUGUGGACGAAUGCCAGCACCAUCCCGGAAUUGGUGGCCGGUCCAUCCCGGCGCACCAUGUACGUCACUGCCCUGUACUUCACGAUGACCUGCAUGACUUCGGUGGGCUUCGGUAACGUCGCCGCGGAGACCGACAACGAGAAGAUCUUCACCAUCUGCAUGAUGAUCAUUGCCGCUCUGCUGUACGCCACGAUCUUCGGGCAUGUCACCACGAUCAUCCAGCAGAUGACCUCGGCCACGGCCAAGUACCACGACAUGCUGAACAACGUGCGCGAGUUCAUGAAGCUGCACGAGGUACCGAAGGCCCUCAGCGAGAGGGUCAUGGACUAUGUCGUGAGUACUUGGGCGAUGACCAAAGGACUGGACACCGACAAGGUCCUCAACUACUGUCCUAAGGACAUGAAGGCUGACAUCUGCGUGCACCUCAAUCGGAAGGUCUUCAACGAGCACCCAGCCUUCAGGCUCGCCUCCGAUGGAUGCCUGCGUGCCCUGGCGAUGCACUUCGCGAUGUCGCACAGCGCCCCCGGCGACUUGCUCUAUCAUACCGGCGAGUCCAUAGACUCGCUCUGCUUCAUCGUGACCGGGAGCCUGGAAGUCAUCCAGGACGACGAGGUCGUAGCCAUCCUUGGCAAGGGCGACGUCUUCGGGGACAGUUUUUGGAAGGACUCGGCGAUCGGCCAGAGCGCGGCCAACGUGAGGGCCCUGACGUACUGCGACCUCCACACCAUUAAGCGAGACCGACUCCUGGAGGUCCUGGACUUCUACCAGGCCUUCGCCAACUCGUUUUCCCGCAAUCUCGUCCUGACUUACAACCUGCGACAUCGGCUGAUUUUCCGGAAAGUGGCCGACGUUCGCCGAGAGAAGGAACUGGCGGAGAGGCGGAAAAACGAGCCCCAGCUGGACCAGUCGCAGGACCACCUCGUUCGCAAAAUCUUUUCAAGGUUUCGCCGAGAGAAGCACACGGCAGACGUGGAGAAGGGCGACGGAAAGGACAGCAAGGACGGGGAGUCCUCGCACGUCAGGAAGUCCUCCUCCGGAGAGGAGAGUAGUGCCGCUCGCCCUCGGCCCAGCAAGUGGGGUCGUCUUCUAGGAAGCUCGAGCUUGGAUUCUGGGAGCGAAGUCGGCUCUGCGGCCGACACCUUCAAGAGGUCCUUAAGUGCCAGGGAUUCGAGGCCCAGCUCGAGUGCCGGGACGAACAAGGUCUUCCCGAAGCUGGGGAAGCUGAGCGGGACCAUAGAGGAGGUCAGCGACAGCGGGGACCACGCCAAGGACCAGGGUCAGAGCCUGGGAGUGGACUCGAAACAGCUGUCGCUGAAGAGGUUCGAAAGCUACGACGGGGGCCUCAUCACGAGCCAGCCGAGCCACGACAGGGAGAUGCUGGCUGCCGUGCUCGAGGUCAAGGUCGACCUGAAGCUCGAGGUCCAGCGGGUGAACCAGAGGCUCGCGAAGAUCGAGGACAUGUUGCAGAACCUGAUCACCAAGAUCCCCGUCGCUGGGACUCCGCAGGCCAGUUCGGGGACCCCUCAGCAGCAAGUGCAGUCUUCCCAGAGGGUGGCCAUCCCCUCCGUGGUCGCGUCCACGGGCACCUCGCAGUCCCAGGGCGGGUCGGAACGCGGACAAAACGGGACGCCGACCACCUCGUCCCCAGGGAACGGGGUGGACGUCCAAGUCCAAAAAUCAGCCUCGACCUCGAGCACCACGGCCGAUCAGCUGACGACCAGCGAACGUCUCGCGAAGGCGCAGCAGCAGGAACAGCAGCUGCAGCAGCUGCAGCAGCAGCAGCAACCCCUACCGCAGCAUCAUCACCAUCACCACCAUCAUCAUCAUCCGCCCGAUAGGCUGAAGGACAUCUCGUUAGAGGGACGGCUGUCGGGCGGCUCCUCGGACUACAAGGCCUCCAGGGAGAUGAGCAAGGAGCUCCUGGAGAGGCUGACCCAAGCGUCCACCUCCAGGGAGGACUCCAGCGGCAUCGGACCUCUCAUCCUGAGGAAACGAAGGAGCAAAUCUCGCAACAAGGGCGCGGCGCCUUUGGCCCCUCUUGCCACGCAACCCGUGAGUCCUACGGAACCGACGGAGACCACGCAGAUGCUGGAGAGCUCCGAAGACCGGGAGCAGGGUGGAGGUGUCGAGAGGACCGAAAGGUCGGAGAGGAAGAGACCGCCUCCGAGACCCAGAGAGUACUUGUGA